AUCAGGAGCUAACCUGCUGGUGUGACGUCAUUAUUGUGCGCCCGCUUAUGGACAGGUCGGGGUUGGGGGGCGGUUGGAUGCCGGGCAGCCUGUCAAAUGAACCCGUCUCAUUUGUUGGAUAAUCUUCCUCGCGCUGGUCACCUUUGCUCCCGGAGGACGAGGCCUUACGAACCGAAGCAUCAGCGGACAUGUCGUACUGCAGACAGGAAGGUAAAGAUCGCAUCAUCUUUGUGACAAAGGAAGACCAUGAGACACCCAGCAACGCCGAGCUGAUCGCAGAUGACCCCAACGAUCCUUACGAGGAGCAGGGCCUAAUCCUGCCCAAUGGAAACAUAAACUGGAACUGCCCGUGUCUGGGGGGGAUGGCCAGCGGACCGUGCGGCUCUCAGUUUAAGGAGGCCUUCUCGUGUUUCCACUACAGUAAGGAGGAAGUGAAGGGCUCCGAGUGCAUCGACUACUUCCGUAACAUGCAGGAGUGCAUGCAGAAGUACCCUGAGCUUUAUCCCCAGGAGGAAGAUAAAGACGAGUCUGCCGCCCCAUCUGACAAUGCUGCCUUAUCGUCUGAGAGUGACUCUACUGCGGUCACUUCAGCUGUCUCCUCUGACAGCACUUCACCUUCAGACGGCCAGACUGCCAGCUAGGGUCAGAUCAGUUUAAAAGACUGUCCGCCGAGGAGCUCUGAUUGGUCUCUUCUCCUGCUCAAAUCUUCAGAGUGGGACUGUUGACACAGUUCUGACACUAAUGGGAAAUUAACAGGCCAUCAGGAGAAGAGUUUCAGAGAGGUGUGUGUGUGUGCUGCUUUGUUAGGUGGGCACUUAAAAAAAAAUAAAAUGAAUUAUCUGAUUAUUGACAGUGGGCCAAGCGAUUUGCAUCAGGGACAUUAGCUGAAAUACUCAUUUUUAUGCAAUACAUAAUUUGUUCUCACGCCGGUCAGAAGAGCUGUUAGUCAGCAUUUGUAAUGGUGUCCAGAGGUCAGUCGUUCAGGAGUACACAUAAACAUUGAUCCAACUCUAAUUAAGAAAUCUGUAAUCUGUAGAUCUUUUGAUUCACAAGACACUGAGCUUUAUUUUACCUCAGACACUUUUUCAGCACUUCAAUUUGCUUUCCAUCACUUGAGACCAAAGCAGAGUUAAUCAGCAGGAAAGCUAUUGAAGCAUCUGUGCAGUUUAGAUGUUCUGUUUCUAACUGACUUGUUGGCAUCUUGUAGAAACCUAAUGGGUCUCUAUCUAUAACUUGGAUUGGUCAUCACUGUUGUUGGCUUUCUGUCUGGCCUGUCAUAUUCACCUGUGAACGCAUCAAUGUUUUUGUUGUCUUAACCUUCUGAGAGUCUUCAGUUGAAUGCUGUGGUCAGCACUCAGUGGUUUUUCUCAAAAAUAUCCAGAUUAAAAUGAUUGUCUGAUG